AUGUGUGCGUGUGCGCGCCCACCUCCCCCCCGCCUCGCAAAAGUUUGCUUGGGCGGUCGGGGGGCUCCCGGCCCGCCGCCCCCGCAGUCGGGGAGCACGGCGGCGGCGCGGAGCGGAAGCGCGGGACUUGCGCGCCGCGCCAUGCCGGCUGCGCGGGGGGCUGCGCACUGGGCCCUGGCGGGGCUGCUGCUGCUGCUGCUGCUACCGCCGCCCGCGACCGCGGGGACUGAGAGCAAAGCGCGGAGCUGCGGCGAGGUGCGGCAGGCUUACAGCGCCAAAGGCUUCAGCCUGGCCAGCGUGCCCUACCAGGAGAUCGCAGGGGAACACUUGAGAACCUGCCCUCAGGAAUAUACAUGCUGCACCUCAGAAAUGGAGGACAAGUUAAGUCAGCAGAGCAAACUGGAGUUUGAAAACUUGGUGGAGGAGACAAGUCACUUUGUACGCACCACUUUUGUCUCCCGGCACAAGAAGUUUGAUGAAUUUUUCCGAGAACUUCUUGAGAACGCUGAAAGGUCCUUAAAUGAUAUGUUCGUACGGACAUACGGCACACUGUAUAUGCAGAACUCAGAGGUGUUCCAGGAUCUCUUCACAGAACUGAAGCGUUAUUACACGGGAGGCAAUGUGAACUUGGAGGAAAUGCUGAAUGAUUUCUGGGCUCGGCUGCUGGAGAGGAUGUUCCAGCUCAUAAACCCCCAGUAUCAUUUCACUGAGGACUACUUGGAGUGUGUAAGCAAGUAUACAGACCAGCUGAAACCAUUUGGAGAUGUACCCAGGAAGCUGAAGGUUCAAGUGACUAGAGCAUUCAUUGCUGCACGGACCUUUGUUCAGGGGCUGACAGUAGGCAGAGAGGUUGCAAACAGAGUAUCCAAGGUCAGUCCCACCCCAGGGUGCAUCCGGGCGUUAAUGAAGAUGUUGUACUGCCCUUACUGCAGAGGACUUCCCACUGUGAAACCUUGCAACAACUAUUGCCUCAAUGUAAUGAAGGGCUGCCUAGCAAAUCAGGCUGAUUUGGAUACUGAGUGGAAUCUGUUCAUAGAUGCUAUGCUUCUGGUAGCGGAGAGAUUAGAGGGACCAUUCAACAUUGAAUCAGUCAUGGAUCCUAUUGAUGUCAAGAUUUCUGAAGCCAUCAUGAACAUGCAAGAAAACAGCAUGCAGGUGUCGGCAAAGGUUUUCCAAGGAUGUGGUCAGCCUAAGCCAGCACCUGCCCUGAGGUCUUCCCGUUCAGUCUCUGAAAACUUCAAUACACGGUUUAGACCAUAUAACCCAGAGGAGCGACCUACAACUGCUGCUGGCACAAGUUUGGAUAGGCUGGUAACAGACAUUAAAGAAAAACUAAAGCUCUCUAAAAAGUUUUGGUCAACAUUCCCUUACACAAUCUGCAAGGACGAGCGCGUGACAGCCGGCUCAUCAAACGAGGAGGACUGCUGGAACGGCCACACCAAGGCAAGAUACUUGCCUGAGAUUAUGAAUGAUGGCUUGACCAACCAGAUCAACAAUCCAGAAGUAGAUGUGGACAUCACAAGGCCAGACACCUUCAUUCGGCAACAAAUCAUGGCCUUACGUGUCAUGACAAAUAAACUGAAGAAUGCAUAUAAUGGAAAUGAUGUCAACUUCCAGGACACUAGUGAUGAGACAAGUGGCUCUGGCAGUGGAAGCGGCUGUACAGACGACAUCUGUCCCACUGAGUUUGAUUUCAUCAUGACUGAAGCACCGCCUGUUGACUCAGACAGGAGGGAGGUGGAGGCUUCGGCCAUACGACCCAGCCAGUCACUGCAGACAUUGCUCUUCGCCUUCAUCAGCCUCGUACUGCAGAGACAAUGGAGAUAAUCUUGAAACUGAUCGGAAAAACUGUGUUUUAGCUACAGAAACAGUCAACUUCCUUCUUUUCUUACACUCUUGGACAAUGGACCAUGCCACAAACACUUGCAGUUUUGUAUGCGAAGAGAGCAGUACUGCAACCUGCUUCCCUUUUUGUUUUCCCAAAGAGCACCAGGUGCCAGACUGAACUGCUUCCUGUUUUUUGCAGAUAUCUCUGAAGAGAAUAUUCACUCUUGAGAGAAUUCUUUCUCAGAUCUUUAUUACAGGAGACUUUCUAAGCUUCAUUUCCUUUUAUGCUGCAGAAGUAAAAAGA